AUGGGCUUCGCGGACGGCAUCGGCGGCGCGGGCCUCGGAACAGCCGCAACCGGCGACUUGGGCGAACGGCAUCAAUUCGAAACCCUGUUGCAGAUCCGUGCGCAAGUCCGCGAGCUCGAGGCUGCAUAUGACGCGCGGCAUCCGGACAAGCCGCUCUCCGGGCGCCUCAUCCAUGUUUCGCACUACAUACCCUUUGUGAUUCGCGCGUUGGCCGAGGUGGACUACGAGCAGAAGCAGCAGGAGCGCGCGCUAGCCACUGACAGCGUCGCUGCUAUGGCUGCAGCGGCGAGGAAGAAGCGGGCGGCCAGGGAGGCGGAGAAAGCGCGCGAAGAGAUGCUCGCGAGCGGCGAGCUGCAUGCGCAGCAGCUUGCUUCUGAUGCGCAGCGAUUCAAGCGCUCGACGAGCAUGGCUGCUGCCGCUGCCGCUGGCGCGAGUGGUGCUGCGGCGAAUCUGCGGCUGUCCAUGGCGCUCAAUGGGCUUGAAGGCCAGGAUAUGGAGGCAAGGCUCGCGGAGAACCAGGCAAGGAGCCAGAUGCGUGCCGGUCGACGAGCGUGGAUGAUGACGCCUGUCAUUGAUGACGAUGACGAUGGCGAUGAAGAUGGCGAUGAAGAUGGCGAUGUCGACGCCGAAUAUGGCGCCGAGGGCAACCUCAAAGACCGCUUCACACCCGUGUCAUCUCGCCGCCCUUCGCAUGUCAGCCUUGGCGGCAACAGCUCCCGCGCUUCCAGCUUCGGUGCCGGUCCGAGCGGUCUGUCCGCAGGAAACAUCUUCCCGCCCGCGCAAGAACCAGAGAGCAACAGCUGGACACCACCCGACGCGACAUCGCUCCUCGCUGCCCAGCGCCCUGAUCCGGUGCAGUGGGUCCUUACGCCGCGGCGUGGACAUACGGCCCUCAACAGUGGCGUGCGGUCGCUGUGCAAAACCCACCAUCAGACUUUCAUCGGCUGGCCGGGCGACAUGGUGUACCCUGCCCAGGCACGUUCUGACAAUCGCACCGACCCUUCGCAGGCCACUGACGGCGAGCGAAGUGAGAUCGAGAAGCUGCUAGCGGACCUGGAUGACCCGACGAACUGGGCCGCGCACACUGCACCGGUCGUCGGCGCACCCAAGGAUGGCAGCGGGCACGAGCCGAUCAGCAGGGUGCCAACGCCGCUGAUGAAUGGCGCAGAACCUCUCAGCGCGAACAGGAAAAGCUUUGCUAGCAGUACCAACUUUUCUGGCGGUGCUGCUGCCAAGAGCAAUGCGAGUAUCCCUGGGGCAGGUGGAGCCAGUGCGUCGCAACGUGCUCCCGCCAAAGGCAAAAAGAGCGUCGAUCACACAAUCGAUUGUGCUGAUGCUGUUGCAGGUGAGGCAUCCUCAGAUGACGGACAGGACAAGGGCAUCAAGUACGUUCCGGUCUGGCUCGACUACGAUACUGCGCACGGUCACUACGAAGGCUACUGCAAGACUGUCCUCUGGCCGCUGCUGCACUACCUCGUCUGGCAGGACGUACAAACGGAGCGCAACGCAAGCACAUGGGACGAUACCAACACAUGGGCUGCAUACGUGCGCGCCAAUGAGGCAUUCGCGAAGAGGAUUGCGGACGAGUACAAACCUGGCGAUAUGGUCAUCGUGCACGAUUAUCAUCUUCUGCUCGUGCCCAAGAUGCUCCGACAGCUCGUGCCGGAUGCCCACAUUGCUCUGUUCAUGCAUGCGCCUUUCCCUAGCAGUGAGGUCUUCCGAUGCCUGCCAAAGCGACGCGAAGUCAUCGAAGGCAUGCUUGGUGCUGAUUUGGCGUGCUUCCAGGCAUUCUCUUACUCGCGUCAUUUCCUCUCCUCGUGCAUUCGUGUCUGUGGAUUUGACGCUUCUUACAACUCUGUCGAAUCCUACAACGGUCACAUCACCAGCAUCUCAUAUAAUCCAAUCGGCAUCGAUGCAGAGAAGAUCGCCAAGGACAGCAUGGCGCCGGGCGUCAAGCCAAAGAUCGAGGUGAUCAAGAAGAUGUACGAGGGCAAGAAGAUCAUUGUCGGACGCGACAAGCUUGACAUUGUCCGCGGUGUUCUGCAGAAGCUUCAGGCAUUCCAAAAGCUACUGGAAGAGUUUCCCGAGUGGCGCGGGAAGGUCGUACUCAUUCAAGUCACCGCACCUGCCAUUCACGACUCGCCGCAGCUCGAACGUAAAGUUUCCGAGCUGGUCUCACAUAUCAAUUCAGAAUUUGGCUCGCUCAGCUUCACGCCUGUCCACCACUACCAUCAGAUCAUCGAGCGAGAUGAAUACUUUGCGCUGCUUUGCGUCGCUGACCUCGCGCUGAUCACGAGCGUGCGAGAUGGCAUGAACACCACAUCAAUGGAAUUCAUUAUCUGCCAAGAGCAGCUUAAGAAAAGCCCGCUUAUCCUUUCCGAAUUCACAGGCACAGCAGGGCGGAUGCGCUCAGCCAUCCAGGUCAACCCCUGGAAUGUGUGGGGCGUUGCCAAGGCGAUUGACUAUGGUCUCAGGCUCUCGCAGGAUGAGCGUCUAUGCAGACACCGACAACUGUAUGACCAGGUGACCCUACACACGUCGCAAACCUGGGCUGCAACUCUCGUCAAGCAGCUUGCCUACCGGCUGAUCUCAGCAGAAGCGGCGCACUUUACUCCGCCACUCGAUGGCAAUUCUGUCCAACAGCAAUUCAAGACAGCUGGCAAGCGGCUGUUCCUGCUCGACUAUGACGGCACUUUGACGCCCAUCGUCAAGCGGCCGGAAGAUGCGCUACCAUCCAAGGAUCUCUUAGAUGCCCUCGAAAAGCUCAGCAACGACCCGAAGAAUAUCAUCUACAUCAUCUCAGGGCGCGAUCAAUCCUUCUUGAGCAAGCAUCUCGGCCAUCUGCGCAACAUCGGCUUUUCGGCGGAGCACGGCUGCUUUGUCAAAGAGCCCGGCACGGACGAAUGGCAAAAUCUGACGCUCGAGCUGGACAUGUCCUGGAUGCAAGACAUUCGCAGUAUGUUUGAGUACUAUACCGAGCGUACAAGCGGUAGCACCAUCGAGCAGAAGAAGAGUUCCAUCACUUGGCACUACCGCAACAGUGACCCGGACUACGGCUCAUUCCAGGCAAAGGAGUGCCAGGCCCAUCUCGAGAAUCUCACCGCCACCAACAAUCUGGCCAUCGAGGUGCUUGUCGGCAAGAAGAACCUAGAAGUUCGUCCGCUUGCGGUCAAUAAGGGUGAGAUCGUCAAGCGCAUCUUGUGGGACAACACGGAUGGCGAGUUCGUUCUCUGUGCUGGGGAUGACAAGACAGACGAGGACAUGUUCCGGGCGCUAGUCAAUCUAGGCAAGGGAAGCAACGGCGAUUCUCCUCUUUUGAGCGCGACCAUGACAACGUCCAGCAGCUCUGGCACAAUCACAGCCAAGCCGAGCAACCCGGCAGUGGAUCAGCUGAAAAAGAAAAGCCAAGAGGAAUCACUGCUAGUCAUGUCCCCGCCUACCCCGCUUAAUUCCGCAACGCCAAUGGGCAGUCCUCGCAUCAUGAAGCUAAGGCCCGAGGCAAUCUUCGCAACGACUGUUGGCCCUUCGAGCAAGAAGACGCUAGCUCAUUGGCACGUAGACAGCCCGCAUAGAGUCAUCGGGACUUUGCAAGGUCUCGCAGGUCUCAGCUGCUCCUAA